GCGUAAUAGUGAUAUUAACCAAUUUUGGAGUCUCCCGCGGUGCUACCCGCCAUGUAGUGCCUUAUGCCUAUAUACCGAUUUAGGGUUUUGAUUUUCCCUCCAAAAAUCCCAAAUUGGGACAUUCCGCCCACAAUUCUCCCUGUGAUUUCCCAUAGGCUCCGAACACUGUCGCAUUAACGCGCCGCAGUCUCCAAUAUCUCCUUUUUCUGUUCGUUCGCUGUUCUGUUUUCUCAAAUCCUAUGAAAAAUGGGUUUUUAUAAAGAUGUCAGCAACCGCGACGCAAAUGAUUCUAAAAAUAACAAUUUCAAUGUAGAUUCGCGCGAUUUCGAGACCCAGCAAGUCGACAGUCAAUGCCCAGUUGGUGAUGGCUACGAAAUUGAUGACUUCCAGUAUCCGACAAAUACGAUGCCUGUUGAUGAGUGUUAUCUAUUUGAAGAUGCAUUCGAAACUCAGUAUGUGAAUCUUGCUGGGGAAACUCAAGUGGUGGAUGAUGUUGACGAAACUCAAGUGUUGGAGGAUCUUGAUUGCAUGAAAAAUAUGCCAAUGGAGUUCUUUGAUGAGUUAGAUACUGUGGCUGUUAACACAUCUGAAGGUGCAAAUAAAGAUGAAGCUUUCUAUGAGACCCAAGUGUUGUCCCAGGAUGGGUCUGAGAAAAUUGAUGAUGUGGAUUCAGUUAGUGUGGAGAACACUUCAGACACCUUCAGACAAGAGCCGUUCAGCAGAGGAUUUACUUCAAUCCGGACUGCGUCAAUCAGGUCCUCUGGUUUGGCAGCCCGUGAACAUGGAGCUAAACGCAAUUCAUGCCCCAGUAGUAGUGACAAGUCCUCUCUAGAACAAGAAACAUUUAAAAAAGGCAAUACAUCUUUUGCUCAGUGUUCUUUGGAGUCUGGCAUGAAAAACUGUCACAGUGGCCUUCGGGAUGUAUCCAUGGAAGAUACUGGACAGCUCGGAAACUUGGACAAAUGCAAGGUGGCUUGUGCAGCCGUCGUCAGGAAACUUUUCAAAGACGUUGAAUUUGCUGAGGUCGAUGAAACCGAAGCCUAUGAUAUUAACCAAACAGAUGAUAUUGCCGACAUAUAUUCUGAAAAAGGCUGUUUGGCUGGGUUAAGCUAUGCCAAUUCUCAGGAACCUGGGGAGCUUUCACAAGCCCAUGCACUCGAGGUUGUGGACAAGUUUCUUGAUGAUCAUGUUAUGGAUCUUGGUGAUGGUGUGGGGACUACAGUUAAAAAUGCCCAGAAAAAAACAAAGAUUGCCUCUGGCGUGAAAGGUUCACGUGAAUUGGCUAAAAAGACUUCUGCUUUGAAAGAAGUGAAUGGGGAAGAUGGAAUUUAUGAUUGGGAUAAUAGUCGUGAGGAUGAUGGCGGAGGGGAAUUUUUCAUCAAGAAGAAAGAACUGUUUUUUGAGAAUGGAGAUGGAAAAAAGAGAUGCCUUUCCAGACCUAAGAAUCCCAAUGGAGAUGAAAAGGAGCGGAACUGCACUAAUAGCAAACAUAAGGAUUUGGCUUAUUCAGAUUCAGAGCCGAUGUUGCGUAAAACUAGAGCAAAGGGAAAAAGUUCUUUCAAUAGUGUGGAAAGAAGCUUGACCCAAAACGAUAUUAUAAAGGAUUUAGUUGAUGAACAGCUAAAUGUGGAGGUCGAGCCUAACUUGGUCGUGACUGAGAAAAACAAGGAUAAUAACAUAGAAAUGAAUGAUGUGGGUGCCGAUACUCAAAUGGCUGCUGAGGCAAUGGAGACGUUGUGCUUCGAGGUCCAGUUGUCUGAAGAUAAUGGGACUAAUAAGAAUCCUGACACAGUUAAAGCUACCAGAAAAAAUCAAUUGACUGACAUAAUAAUAACCGCCCGUCCAGAAAAAUGCUUGACCGAGGAAAGACCCCACAGCCCGAGUAUUGGAGUGGUCACUCGCAAAGCCAAGCAAUUAAAAAGGACACGCCAAAUCAUAAGUGAUAAGCCGUCCGUUUUGCCAGAAGCUAUGGAUUUGACUGAUUUGUCCAAUAGCAGGGUAAAGUUGACCGGUCAAAAGUCCGAGAAAAAACGUCUGUUGGAGGCCCAUUCCUUGCCUGUGGCUCAUCAAACUCGGAAAGGCACAGAGUUAGGUCGUUCAAAAGCAGGUGCCAAGUCGUUUGUUACCAGGAAUCACUUAAAUCGUCUGGUAUGCAUCGCUCGGAAGAGAACAGCUUCAAACGAUGAAAAUGCAGAAACCAUCCAUAUUAAGAAUGAUAAAAAGAUUUCAUUGACCAGAUCUGGCGCUUCACAUAUUGCUGCAGUAGACAAUUUAUCAGAGGAAAUUGUUCGAAAGGAAAGUCUUGCUGUGGAUCAUGCUGAUGCACAAAUGGCCGCUGAGGCAAUUGAGACGACCUGCUUCGAGGUCCAGUUGCCUGAAGAUAAUGGGACUAGUAAUAACCCUGAUACAGUAAAAGCUACCAGAAAAAAUCAAUCGAGUGACAUAAUAACUGCCCGUCCAGAAGAAAGCUUGACCGAGAAAAGACCCCACAGCCCGAGUAUUGGAGUCAUCACUCGAAAAGCCGAGCAAUUGAAAAGGACAUGCCAGAGCACGAGUGAUAAGCCAUCCGUUUUGCCAGAAGCUACUGAUUUGACUGUUUUGUCCAAUAGCAGGGUAAAGUUGACCGGUCAAAAGUCCGAGAAAAAAUGUGAGUUGGAGGACCAUCUCGGCUUUUCCGUGCCUUCGGCUCAUCGAACUCGGAAAGGCACAGAGUUAGGUCGUUCAAAAGCAGGUGCCAAGUCGUUUGUUACCAGGAAUGACUUAAAUCGUCUGGCAUGCAUCACUCGAAAGAGAUCAUCUUCAAAAGAUAAAAAUGCAGAAUCCGUCCAUAUUAAGAAUGAUAAAAAGAGUCGGUUCAACAGAUCUGGUGCUUCACAUAUUGAUUCUGUAGACAAUUUACCAGAAGAAAGAGUUCGGAAGGAAAAUCUUGCUGUGGAUCAUGCUGAUGCACAAUGUCAUAAUCCAAGAUUAAAAAGAUUGAGAAAGGUUGGAACGGAUUUUUCUUCAGAUCAAAAUGUUGAAAUUGGAAGUUCAAGGCAUGAUGCCACUCAAAAUGCUACUGAUCAGGAAAAAGUUGGUGCCAGCUCAUCUGAGGAAAAUGGCGAGAACAAUAUUGCUGAGAAAUUGCCGGAUGCUACAAAAGCAAAUGACAAACUAGAAGCAUCUCCCCCUACUGCUGCUUCCAGAAUACCAGCAAACAGUGUGUCUCCUAUCUGCAUGGGUGAUGAAUACCACACACAGUCUUGCAGAAAGAAUCUUGCGAGGAUGUCUCUUAUUACAGAAAUGAUUAAAGCUGUACCUGCCUCGCCCGGCUCGUUUAAUGGGAGGAAAGAGUCAAGAAAGAGGAAAGAUAUUACAAAUGUUAGAGUCUUGUUUAGCCAGCACCUGGAUGAGGAUGUUAUCAAGCAUCAGAAAAAGUUGAGAUUGUUACAAAUUAUACCCCUAACAUGUAAAUUGGAAAGGAUACUUUUUUCAGAUGCCUCCCAUUUUGUGGCAGAUGAAUUUGUCCGAACUAGGAACAUGCUAGAAGCCAUUGCUUCUGGAAAGCCUGUGGUCACUCACUUAUGGAUCGAAAGUUGUGGACAAGCUAGUUGUCUUAUUGAUGAGAAGAAUUACAUACUUCGAGAUUUAAAGAAGGAAAGAGAGUUUGGCUUCUGUUUGCCAGCUUCUCUCACAAGGGCAGGCCAACAUCCACUAUUACAGGGCCAGAAAGUUUUGAUUACCCCUAAUACAAAACCUGGAAAAGACAUUCUAGCAAACUUGGUCAAAGCGGUUCAUGGUUUGGUGAUCGAGAGAGUCGGUCGAUCUGUACUGAAGGAUGAAAAACUUUCGGAUGAUCUUCUGAUCUUAUCUUGUAAUGAAGAUUAUGAUGACUGUGUCCCUUUUCUUGAAAAAGGUAGCCCUGUGUAUAGUUCGGAGCUGGUGUUAAAUGGAAUUGUUAAACAGAAGCUAGAAUAUGAAAGGCAUCGGCUCUUUGAUGAUCAUGUUAAAAGGACCCGAUCAACAAUAUGGAUGAGAAAGAAGAACGGAUAUCGUCCUGUAACAAAAUGCAAAUAAGGCGAUAGCCCUCUUUUUUCGUGCAGCACCCUCAAUGUGCCUGUUUUGUAAAUUACAAGAGACGUGUUGUUCGUGUUAGUUUUACCUGUAAAUUUUGCAGUCAAAUAAUGUUGUUUGUUUCACUGUUCAAAGCCGUUAUUCAUGAUUCCCCUGCCAUCAUUUAGUUUUUGGGUUAUUAUCUUUUCUUUGUGAAUUUUUCGAUGAGAUGCUCUUUUGAAGCACAGUAUGGUUGAAGUUGUGUUGAAGAUGCUAAUCCUUCUAUAUGACAAGCGUUUUCGGUACAACCGGUAAUAUCGUCGGUAUUAUUAGAUUAGCAAAUAUAAUAGUUGUUGGGCUUAAA